AGGGUAUUUGACAGGAGCGAGGGAAGCCGCAAAGUACUUGGAGGACCGCUCAGUGCCUGCAGCUGAGCUGGUCAAGUCCGGGCCCGGAGCGGUUGGAAGCGAGGACUGCGGAGGAGCCGCCUCCACCCGCCGGGUCGGUCGCGCUAGCCCAAGGCUCCCGGCCGCGGUGCCAGGCUCAGGACUGGGGCUCGGGGCGCGGCCGCUCUCUGUGGGUCGUCCGCGCGGUCCCGCGCUGGGUCGCCAUGCUGCUGCCCCAGCUCUGCUGGCUGCCGCUGCUCGCCGGGCUGCUGCCGCCCGCGCCCGCGCAGAAGUUCUCAGCGCUCACGUUUUUGAGAGUCGAUCAAGAUAAAGACAGAGAUUGCAGCCUGGACUGUGCGGGCUCUGCUCAGAAACCCCUCUGUGCGUCGGAUGGACGGACCUUCUUAUCCCGCUGCGAGUUCCAGCGUGCCAAAUGCAAAGACCCUCAGCUGGAAAUUGCUUACCGGGGAAACUGCAAAGACGUCUCCAGGUGUGUGGCCGAAAGGAAGUACACCCAGGAGCAAGCCCGGAAGGAGUUCCAGCAGGUGUUCAUCCCCGAGUGCAACGAUGACGGCACCUACAGUCAGGUCCAGUGCCACAGCUACACGGGGUACUGUUGGUGCGUCACGCCCAAUGGAAGGCCUAUCAGCGGCACCGCUGUUGCCCACAAGACGCCCAGGUGCCCGGGUUCUGUAAAUGAAAAGUUACCUGCACGGGAAGGCACAGGAAAAACAGUCUCCUUGCAAAUCUUUUCCGUUCUGAAUUCAGAUGAUGCCGCAGCUCCGGCGCUGGAGACACAGCCUCAAGGAGAUGAGGAAGAUAUCGCAUCACGUUAUCCCACCCUUUGGACGGAGCAAGUCAAAAGCCGACAGAACAAGACCAAUAAAAACUCAGUGUCCUCCUGUGACCAGGAGCACCAGUCCGCCCUGGAGGAAGCCAGGCAGCCCAAGAAUGACAACGUGGUGAUCCCUGAGUGUGCCCACGGGGGCCUCUACAAGCCAGUUCAGUGCCACCCCUCCACGGGGUACUGCUGGUGUGUGCUGGUGGACACAGGGCGCCCCAUUCCUGGCACAUCCACCAGGUAUGAGCAGCCCAAGUGUGACGACAGAGCCCGGGCACACCCCGCCAGGGCCCAGGACCUGUUCAAGGGCCGGCAGCUGCAGGGUUGUCCUGGUGCCAAAAAGCAGGAAUUUUUGACAAGCGUCUUGGAUGCACUGUCCACAGACAUGGUCCAUGCUGUCUCUGACCCCUCCUCCCCAUCGGGCAGACUCUCAGAACCAGACCCCAGCCACACCCUGGAGGAGCGGGUGGUGCACUGGUACUUCAAGCUGCUCGAUAAAAACUCCAGCGGGGACAUUGGCAAGAAGGAAAUCAAACCCUUCAAGAGAUUCCUUCGGAAAAAAUCCAAGCCCAAAAAGUGUGUGAAGAAGUUUGUGGAGUACUGUGAUGUGAAUAACAACAAGGCCAUCUCUGUGCAGGAGCUGACGGGCUGCCUGGGCGCCACCAAGGAGGAGGGCAAAGCCAGCACGCGGAAGCGCCACACCCCCAGAGGCAGCACCGAGGGCUCCCCUCCAAGGCAGCCGAGGAAGCAAGGAUGAGCAGCUGGCCCUUCCAUGGCGGUUUCUAGACAUGUGGGAGUCUCCCUCACCAAAGAGCGAUUUAAAAACAAGCCCAUAGUAUUUGCACUUUGUACUUUACAUGUAAAUCCACUUGGUAGACACGAGAUAUUUAAACGGACUGUUUGGAUCUGGAAUGUGGAAGGCUGGCUUCAGACGAGUCCUCACAUACAAUGUAUGUGUCCUUCGUCCACCGUGGAAACCCGCACCUGGCGGACAGGAGUUUGGAAAGCACGGAGCUUCUCGGCUCUGCCCGGGGUAGCUGCUGGCAGCCUCCUCCAGGCCCUCUGCAGCCCUGCCUCGGGCUGCCCGCGCUCUUACAGUCCACAGGCGCCAGCCUUGUCCCCUCAGCUGGGGCUUCAUAGAAGUGUCACUGAAAUGGAGUUCGUAGGUCUUGCCCUUACUGUGCUCGGACUGGCUGUUUCUUGGGAUUCUGUGCCGGUCUGUUCAUUUCGCUUUCCCGAGGUCUCUCGCACCCGAUGAGCCAGGUCACCAGGAAGGACCGGGUCCCCAGGAAGGAGGGCAGAAAUGGCUGGGGUGGGGGAGAGCUUUCAAACUUCUUCACCUCCACUUCCAAGCUUCUCUUUGGGUUUUGCCUUGGGCUCAGAUAAGUCCAGGCAGGCGGCCUAGAGGGGCCCUUCCUUCAGAAAGGGGACCCAGGCUGUGACUAGGCCACUCCUGCCAGCCUGCUUCUCUGUGCCCCCAGGGUCCCCUGGAAGACAACGCUGUCCCUGAACAAAUGGCCCCCAGGAGGCAUGACGGCAGAGGUGUGGGCAGGGUGUGGACUGGGCCUCAGGAAGGGCUGCGAGUCCUGCUCCGCACACUGCUGAAACCUCAGGGCAGGGGCCUUGCCAGAGUCCAUCUGAGGGUGUGGCACAAGAGGGUCAGCAACUGCGUGCCCACUGUGAGCAGCAGAGUUGGCUCUCAUGGCCACUGCCACCCUGGACCUGGCCCUAAGCGAGAGGUGUGAGGCCAGCCAGCUCAGACUUCUGUAGGAGGGCCCUCGUGGCCUGGUCCCCCGCAGGGUCCUGUGCAGUCAUGACCCUGAGAGUGUGUGGAGAGGCGUCACGAGGACUGUGCUUACUGUGCAAGGGCAAAGAACAAGCCGGGAGCCCCAGGCCAGCUCAACGCGCGUCAACAUCGUCUAGGAAACAGCUGUGAGCCUAGUUGUUUUGGAUACUCGUUUAUAUUGCUGAACUUUGAAAUUAAUCAUUUUUCCUAGAUUAAAAUCAGACAUGUGAUCAAA